AUGGCAGCGCCGGCGCCGCCUCCGCCCUCAUCGCUCUACGCGAACCCCAUCGCCUUCUCGCUGUUCUCGUCGCUCGUUCAGCGGAUAGGCGCCGUGCCGGCCGUGCGCAAGGGUGCCAGGCGGUUGAGUGGACCGGGAGAGGGGAAACCGAAGCAGCACAAGCUGCUUGAGGCUUGGGUCGGGGCAGUCAAGGCAGAAUACGAUCGGGACUUGCCUGAGGGGACCAUCGUCUUGUUCUUCCGGCUGUUCUUUCCUGACGAGGGCGUGCGGCGGAGGUACGACUUGCGGGAAAUGCUGCUGGGGGAGGCGCUCGAGGGCGUGUAUGGCGCGCGCAGGGGUGCUUUCUCGUCUUGGAACGCCCAGUGCGAGGCAGGUAGAGCUAGCUCGACAGGCUGUCUUGGGAGAGAGGUCCAGAUUUGGCUGGAGAGGGACGCAAAGCAUGCGAAGGGCAAGGGGAAGGAACUGACACUCGGCAGGGUGGACGAGCUGCUUGACGAGCUCGCGACGCUUUCGAGCGCAUCAGCGGCAGACGUCCAAGCACUGCGGCUAGCUCGUCGUCGACCUCUAAAAGCUAUCCUCUCCGACCUUCUUCUCCCGCUUUCGCCACCAGACGCAGCCGUCAUGAUACAGAUCAUCCUCCGCGACUUGGCGCCACUGCUCUACCCGCCUCCGAGCUCAUCCGCCGACAUCGUUCUGUCCAGCUAUUGCUUAACGUCGUACGGCUUCAUCGGUCUCGCCGAGGCUAUGCAAGUAUGGCAUGAAGGCCUGCCGAGGUUGUAUCGCUCCGUCGCCGAUCUUGAUUGGGUGACUUGGACUGCCGAGCAAACGAUCCGUCGUGGUGUCUCCUUAUGUCAACCUCGGCCGCAGCUCGGUCUGCCCAUCAAGGUACCCAAGACGGAAAAGCCCAGCUCAUGCGCCCGAGCGACCAAGCAUGUAGACGGACUCGUUGCGGUCGAGACGAAGUAUGACGGCGAGCGACUGCAGAUCCACAUCGACUUGUCCCUUCCCCCGUCUCAGCAGAUACGCAUCUUCUCGAAGAGCAGUCGCGACAGCACCGAGACGCGACGAAGUCUUCUGCCGAUCAUCCGAGCGUCUCUCGGCCUACCCCUCGACCCCGUCGCGCAAGCGCUUCACCCGCAACUCUCUCAGCGCCUUCUCCACACCCUCUCCAGCUCCUCAGCUCGACCGCCAAUUCCGCCUACCAAACUCGUCAUCGAAGGCGAGAUGGUCCCGUACCAUGAAGGCCGCCGACAGAUCGACGAGUUCUGGAAAUUGGCCUUUGCAAAGGCAUGCGGCGGCGCACCGCUCGAGGCGCGCUCCACCAAGUGGAACACUCGACAACGCGCUGCGCAAGAAGACGACAGCGUCACGACAGGCGCGACGCCGAGCCCGAACAAGCCUGCGCAACAUCAGUUGCCCAGUGCGGCGCAGACGGCGAGCGAGGGAGAUGCACUCGUCGGCAGCAACUUGCAUCUCAUGAUUGUCUGGUUCGACGUUCUCUACAUGGACGGAGAGAGCUUGCUUGACGAACCGUAUCAAGCCCGCCGCGCCCGCCUCGAAUCGCUCGUCCUGCCGAUUGAAGGCUUUAGCAUACUGGCGGAAUCGGUCUCCGUCGACUUCGACCACAAGGAGACGGCUCUUGCUAGCUUGCGAGAUCGUUUCGCCCGUAUCAUCGCCUCUCGAUGCGAGGGCCUCAUGCUUAAGCCGCUUUUCUCAGCUUACAACGACCUUCGCUGCGGGCAGCGCUGGGUCAAACUCAAAAAGGACUUCAUUCCAGGAGCGGGAGAUACGAUGGACGUCCUUAUCGUCGGAGCAUCUUGGCAGCGGAAGCGUGGAAGGGAACUACUCGUACCACCAUCAGUCUACACGACCUUUUUUGUCGGCUUCCGAGCGGAUGAUCUCGGAGCAAGUUUACCUACCUCGCGCAAGCCGCACUACCAUAUACUCUUCUCAACCUCGUACGGCCUCUCGAGGGAACAGCUGGCGCAAGUCUGCUUCGAGGUGCGGGAAGAUCGACCCGAGCGAUUCGAUUUCGAGUCGUCCGCCGAUGGAAGCGCCUUCAAGCGUGUCGACCGCCGCAAGACGCUUGGGCCGUAUGCAGUCUACGACGCUGCCUGCUGCUCCUUCACCUUCUCCCUCGCCGAUCACCUCUACUCGAACACGACUCGUCCUUCCGUCAUCUUCCGCCAGCCACGCGUGAUGGAGCUUAACGGCGCCGGCUUUCAACGAACUCCUGGCUGUCCAUACUACGAGCUACGCUGGCCGCGCAUCAUCAAGGCUUCGCGACCCGACGAGUCUGGCUCGCCUCUCUCGCUCGCCGACCUCCAGCGAGUCGCGCACGAAGCGACAGGCACCGUCUCCUCCUCCGCCGCCGCCCUCGUCGACCAGAUCUGGAACGCCGCGAAGCGCGACGGGCAGAAGAAGGAGUCUCCGGCGGAGCGGUAUGAGCGCGAGGUCAAGAUGUGGGUCCAGAAGCUGGAGAGGGCGGAUGGCAUCAUGAGGGACCCAGGCGAGCCGGCAGGAAACGGCCUCAAACACUUGAAGGCGGUCUCUAGCACGCUGAAGCGCCCGAAGUCGCUUGGCAGUCUAGCUGCUACGGAGGCUCAACGCAACCUCGACAAGUCGCAACCUGCGAAUCCGCCUCGCCAGGUGACCCCGCCCCGUUCCGACGCCGAUCGCAGGACAGACUCGGCAUCCCUUGCGACACUGCCUGCGACUCCACCUCGACUGCGCUCAUCUGUCGCCAUGGGCCGCUCGGUCUCGUCGCCUUGUGCUCGUUCGGACGCCCCGUCACCGCCUAGUCAGGGCGUUCGCCCGCCCGUUGUGACAAUCGACUCGACGAAUACGCUUCUACGCCGCCGAACGAUCGCACAGACCGGCAGCACUCUCGCUGAGCCGUCGACGUUCUCUUCGAGUACUCGCAAGCGACGCCGCCUCACAUCUGCUGUCGGCAAUCAGUCUAGCGUGCAGUUGCGGUCGUUCGCCUCAUUGCCGCUAUCCCUUUACGGCGUCGAAUCGCACCUCGAAGCAGCCAAGUUUGACUUCGCCUCGUACGCCUGGACGCUGUACCCGCCUCUUUCGCCAACAGCAGUCGUCCCCGAGCCCCGCAACCCACACCUUAGUCUCAGCAACUACAUCGCAACGCCGGGGAAGCUGCUCGUCGCGGCGGGUCUGGCACGGGCAACCGAGCUGGCGCCGAGGAAGACGGGACGAGACGAGUCUCUGAGCCAAGGCGUCAUCUACGUCUCGCCAGGUCCUGCUUCGGACGACUUCGUGCGGCGGCUCGAGGAGGAUGCUUGGCGUGCGAAGCAGCUGGCGGGUCAGAGGGCGACGGUUUGGGUCUUGAAGCGUGAGGCGCUCGAAACCAGGGGCGGGUGCGACUUGGGAAUGGGGAGCGACGUCCUCACUGUGUUGUAG